CACGGACAAAACAAAGCAAGGGAAAAGGGCAAAAGGGGAAAAUAAAAAGGUCUGGCCCGAGCGAUAUAAGAAGAAGAAAGAGAAAAAGAAGAAGACAAGGGAGGAGAUCGAUCGGCGUGAGAAGAAGAAGAAGAAGAAGAAGAGGGAGGAAAUCGACCGGCGCGAGAGGUGCCUUUUGUGGGAGUUGCUUUGUUAUGGGUGAGUUUUCAAUUCAGAUUAGCAGCGACCUUCUUAAUCGGCUUUCUGAUGACACUGAAAAGUUGAAGAAGAAAACUAAAAAAUCUAAAAAAGCUAAGGUACCCCGAGAGCCUAGACAGCCCUCAGCUAAGGUAGAUCAGAAGCAGAUUUCUGAUGAAUCUGAAACAUUUAAGGGGGCUGCUACUACAGGAUGGCCACUGCAGACUCCAUUAUUUGUACCUGUAAACACUCCUGCACAAUCUGCCUACACAGAGUUGGAUGCAAUUCGAUCUGUCCUUCAAGAUGGUGAGAGGGUUCUGGACAGGUUGCAGAAGCAGGAGGAAAAUAUGGUGCAGGAAGUAACACAAAGAGCCAAGGAUCUCCGAGAAAAGGAGUUCAAGCUUCCAUACCAGAAGCCUAUGCCUUGCUUGGCUGAGAAUAAUGCUUGGUUGGAAUGCUACAAGGAACAUGCAAAAGACAUCCUGAAAUGUUCUCCUCUAGUUAAAAGCUUCGAAGAUUGUAUUCGCCGAGCUAGGCAGAACGUGAGUUCAGAAAUGAAGUAGACAUUCCUAGAAGAAAUUUUUUCUGUUCACAUACAUGAGUGCAAGCUAAUGUCCGGUUUAAGUGACACCUAGAUUUUUGUGGUACAAAUAAUCACACACUCAUCGAUAUCUCCAUUAAUGGAUUGCAUGGUUUUUUUUUUUUUUUUUUUUUUUUUUUUUAAUUUUUAAUAAUAAUAUUAAAGAGUCAUUAACAAUUUUGUCAAAUCUAUUUCUCCUCAUUUCUAAACUGUGUUAUUGUUCAUAAGCAUAAGGUGACAUGUUCACUGGAGGUCGACCUUUAUUUAGACCAAGAUGAUGUGAAAAAUGUUUCAUUAGAGGUCUAUCUAUUUUAACUUAAGCCAUCCAUGAUAUGACUGUCAUUAAAUCU